AAUUAUGCAUUUUUUUCAGGAGUGAUGUUGAAAAAUAUGAUUUUGAGAAUUUAGGAGCUGACAUCAUGGCUGAUUACAAAUUUGCUCUUGAAAUGACAUCAGAAAUUCUUGUACUUGAGUUAAUCCACCGUAUUGGCACUUGUGUGUUUGAGGCCCUUUGUUUACACCGUGGUUCAGGUGGGACAGGCGGAGCAACUCCAGGCAAGAAACUGAUAGGGCUCAAGGUCGUUCGAUGUGAGUGGGUUGUGCCCACGUUAGGUGAACAAGCUUUAGUUUUCCCUGCAUCAGAUUUAGGUUUAAGUCGUGCUGCCAUUCGUUCCGUGGUGAAGAAUUUCUCCUUGACCUUCCUCUUCCCAAUCUGCUUCACACUUUUCUCAUUCCAACACAAUCGCACAGUGUAUGAUAUCAUUGCAGGUUCUAUUGUUGUUGAGGAAAGGCCCAACCAAAGACGGAGAGUGAAUAACAAUGCUAACUAGAUUAAGGCAUUUAUAAAACUGUCCAUGUGGAAUUCUCAUCAGACUUCAUCAAAGAGCGAGAAAGACUAUUACAGUAUAAGAAAGACAUUAUAAAAGAGCAACUAGGUUCACAGUAGAAUACAAGGUAUGAAAACCAUUGCUAAUUUUGGAUAUUAUUUCAGGACAAGAAAGAAGAAAAGAUUGUUUCAAGAUGUAUAAAUAUUUCAGAAUGUGCUUAUUAUUUAUAGGUGCAUUAUUUUGUCAUAUAAAUGUUUCGGAAAGCAUUAAAGAGGAUUUUAGAUUUAAUUAUAUUCAGUUGCAUUAUUCAGAUCCUGAAUAAAUGAUAAGUGAAUACUUCAUAAAAUAGGUGCUGUGUUCUUAAAAGUUUGAGAGUUUGUAACAUAUAAUGGGAACUAAGGAAAGGUUUCAGUUACCACUGCAUUACAAAUAUAGAUUUUUUUGACAUGUAAAUGUGAUUUCAGGUACUAUAUAAUAUAUGAAAAAAGAAGGUAAUGAUGAUUUGAUUUGAGUUUUAGUUUUGAAUAUGUCUGUCGAAGUGCAUGUGCUAAAGGGAUGUCAUUUUAUUUUUUGAGAAUGUAUGUUUUACUUUGCAUUUGAUUAGCAGAGUAUUCCAAAAAUAUUUUUUGUGAAGAGAUCUGUUCUUUGCUUCAGUUAUUAAACAUUGAAAAUUCAUCAACAGUAAAAGGACAAGCACAGUUUAUAUUUACUCAAUUAUUUCUCAAGAGAAAUAGUAUUUUAAAAUUUAUCCCCCACCCCAAUUAUAAAUCAUUAUAAUAUAUGAAUGUAAAUCGAAGUGUAAUGGAUUCUGAAUUUUAUGUAACUGUGAUUAUUUUCAUGAUCAUAGAUUUCAUUGCUUCAUAUUCCUUAUCAAAAAUACUGAAUGAUAUUAACAUGAAAUAUUUUUGGAUAAUUGUAAAAAUAUGAGAUGUUCUACUGUUGUUAUGAUGUACAAGUAU